AUGGUGACGACGGGAAUGCGUGUGGGCAAAUACGAGCUUGGGAGAACGCUUGGUGAAGGUAACUCUGCAAAAGUCAAACUCGCUACGGAUACUGUUUCUGGCCAAUCGUUUGCCGUCAAAAUCAUCGACAAGUCUCGUACCAGUCGCCUCAACGUCCCUGUUCAGAUUAAGAGAGAGAUACGCACACUCAAUGCUUUGAAGCAUCCAAACAUUGUCAGAUUACAUGAGGUAAAUGUUUCAAUAGCUUAUGGAGAUUCUUGGAUCCUUCUGAUUGAAUUCUUCGUUUAUCCUAGAUAUGACCAGUAAUAUUCUCAUUACAGCGUAAGUUUAUUUUUCUUUUUUUUUGCUAGAAUAGUUUUGACGAGGAUUAAACAUUAAACCUGUGAAACUUUUUGUUUGCUUGCGCAUAAGUGUUUCUUGAU